GCCUCAUGUCAGGUGAGGUGAAUGACGUCACAGGUAGUUGACCCAUCAGGCCAAGCUAGUCAAGAGGCGCGGCGGGCAGUGUGGCGCGGGCCGGCGUGGGGAGAGGUGCUGCUCAGCGCCCGCCUCAUUGGUUUUACUAAAUUAGUCACCUGGACAGUCCUGUGCAUGAGGUUACCUGCGCCAGACUUACAGGUAUGUACGAGGGUGCAUCAGUACAACAGCACUGCAGGUAUGGUCAACCAGACCCAUGUACUUGGUCUUUUACAACGCUACUGCAGGUAUGGAGGGAUUAAAGUUACUUGGAAAAGCUUCUCUCGAAUCGCAGUUGGUCAUUAUGUAGUUGAUACAUAUUCCCACCUAAGUACCAUAGGUGAAGGGAACACGUUUAAUAAUUUUAAUAGUUUAACACACUAUGCCUUGAAGCAGUGAUCCUCUAAUAGGUAUAGUCUAAAGUACUCUAUGCGUUAGCCACUUCCGAGUGGUUAACCAUUCUUCAGGCCCAUAAUUUGAAGAUUAAGUUGUGGUGUAUUAUAUGGUUAAUGUUAAGCUAACAAUUUCGGUUAAAUUUCAAUCCCCAUCCCUGUCCAUAUUUCUGUUAGUCUGUCUUCUAUCCCACCAGUCCAAUCAAAUAGAUGUGUAUAUAUAAAAAUACCCAAGAGGGUGAUGCUUCACUUGGGGUUAGGGGAGACUGGGAAGUUUAA